GAGCCCUCCAUUCAAUUGCUAGCCAGCGUCGGAGUCGAGCAGUUUAGUGUCGAACGGAUUACCAGAUACUCAUCCUCAAGGAAUCAAAUCACCUACAGUCAAAUCAAAUCGAAAUGGCCGCCAACCAGAAGAUUGUGUUCGCCCUCGUCUGCCUCUUUUUGGCAUGUGAUUUGGUGCUAGGUCAGCAGCAGGCGGCCAACAGCUCGGAUGCGGACUCGGAUGUGGCGGAAAGCCGUACUUUUGGCCAUCAUUUCCUGCGGCGCAUCAGCUUCGCCUUGGUGCCCGGCGCCUUCGUCGUGGGCGUGAUCACCACCCUGCUGGCGGCCUUGACCGUCGUCUCCAUCAAGGGACUGGGCGUGGGCGUCAUCCUGCUGGUGCUGGCCAUCGGACAAAUGCUGUCCCGUGCUCUUCCCGUCCAGGCAGCCGCCGCCUAUGCCGCAGCACCCGUUCCCGUCCAGGCACCCGUGCCGGUGGUCUACUCCCACUCGCACACCCAGCAGCCCGUCUGGUUGGAGAAGGAGUGGUAGAGGAUUUGGUUCGGUUUUGGCUGACCAGGAUGACAAUGCAAGACCAGGGAUAACGGCGAGCUGGUAGCGGGUCAGGAUUCAGAUUUACCUCAGCCUCAGCGAGCGUGCAACCAAAUAAUAAUUUAAGUCUAGUUUAAAUUAUUUAUUUAACUUAUUUAUUUAUAACAAGUCAAAGAUGGCAAAGACAUUUAGCAGAGAAUUUGUACUAUGAAAUUAUUAUACAAAUUAGUCUGCUAAAUGAAUACAAAUUAAAAUUGAGCAAGGAAGAAACAUAUUGAAAAUAAUUUGGGAAACGAAAAGUUCUAAUGAAAAGAAGAUAAAUACUUAUAAUAAAAGCACAUUAAAACAUCUAAA